AGGAGCUCAUCAGAAAAGAGAGAGAGAGAGAGAGACAGACAGACAGAAGGUAAGGGAAAAAAGAAUACAGUUAAGUGAGAGGGGAAACAUUUUUAUUUUACUAGGCAGAAAAUAGUGUGGAGGGGAGACCAGGGGGUUACAAAGAAGAAAAAAAGAAAUUUGCUUGGUGACCUGAGAAAGACACAUCCUUUUCUUGGACUCAUAUGCACUACUGUACUCUAAGAAGUAUUUAAAUUAAACUCUGCAGCGCAUUUUAAGACUCAGCUUGCCACCCAACCUUCCUGGAUAUUGGACUGAAGCACCAGAAAGGACACACAAGGUUUCCACAAUGAAGUUUCUUGCCAUAAUUCUUAUGGUCUCCCUCUGUGAUGUCUCAUGGACACAGUAUUAUGAAUAUGAUUCUCAUUGGUGGAUUGCUUAUUUGCACAGUCAGCAGUACAGUUAUGGUCCCUCCUAUGGUCCCUCCUAUGAUUAUGAUCCAGAUCCCCCAAGGCCAUCUGUCAGUGACUGUCCACCAGAGUGUGAAUGCCCCCCAAGUUUUCCCGCUGCUUUGUAUUGUGAUGGACGCAACCUGAAAUAUUUACCUUAUGUUCCUUCUCGCAUUAAAUAUGCCUAUUUCCAGAACAACCAAAUUACUGCUAUUCCAGAUGGUGCAUUUGAUAAUGCCACUGGACUGGUGUGGGUGGCUCUGCAUGGGAAUCAGAUUUUAAGUGAUAAAGUUGGCAGAAAGAUUUUCUCCAAGCUUCGGGGGUUGGAGAGACUUUAUAUGCAAAACAAUAAUUUAACCCGCAUUCCUAGUGGCUUGCCACGCUCACUCCGUGAACUACAUCUCUCUGCUAAUCAAAUAAACCGGGUUCCUGCUAAUGCCUUGGAAGGUUUGGAAAAUCUAACUGCUCUGUAUCUUCAUGAAAACCAGAUUCAAGAUGUGGGACACUCAAUGAGAGGUCUGAAGUCUUUGGUGCAUUUGGACCUUAGCAACAAUCAGCUUCGUAAACUACCAGAUUCCCUUCCAGACUCUAUUGAGCAGAUAUAUUUAGAAUACAAUCAACUGAGUACUGUGUCAAGUGAUUACUUCAAGGCUUACCCAAAAUUACAAUAUGUUAGAAUAUCACAUAACAGACUUACUAGUGAUGGGUUGCCUGGAAACACAUUUAAUACCAGUAGCCUUGUGGAGCUAGACCUAUCUUAUAACCAACUCCACCGUAUACCACCAGUUAGUACCAGCUUGCAGCAUUUGUACUUGCAAGGGAACCAGAUUGCAGAAUUUACAAUCAAAAGUUUCUGCACGCAUGUGGACAUCACCUCCUUUUCCCAGCUGCAAAUUUUACGUUUGGAUGGUAAUGAGAUCCAAAGCAAUAAUAUUCCACCAGAUACCCCCUUAUGUCUGCGAAAUGCUGAUAUUAUCAAUAUGUAGUUGGCAAAGAGAAGAUAUGACAUAUAUGCUUUAUUCAUUUCUUCUCUUUGCUCACAAGUCUCUCAUUACUGGAAGUGAAGCAUGGAAUAUUACAUUAAAGGCAGAAUUUAUAGUUUUCAGACUGACUAAUAAUGCAUCGCUAAUAAGCUAACAGAGUUGUUGUUAGAUUACUUACACCACUCUGAAGAUACUCUAAACUCGAUUGUAAUAUCGUUGUGCACAGAACAAGCUGAUGUAAUAAUGUAAUAAUUACAAUGUCUUAAAGGAGUUGUCUCACCUCGAACAUUGGUGGCAUAUUGCUAGGCAAUGGGGGUAAUUUAUAAACCUGAAAUACACGUAUAUUAGACAAAUUGUAAGGUGCAGAUUGCGAUGCAACGGUUAGUUGCGCCUCAAUCUGUGACUUUUCCCCACUUACACCAGGUCUAGAAAAUGGUUUAGGCUUAGAAAAUGGCCUAAAUAUAAAGCAGCUCAGAAGCUGUCUUACAUUUAGAACUAGGCCGGGAAUGUAGAUAAUAGACACGCGGCACUCACCAGGGUAGAUGCUUCAUGGAUGCUUUAUUUGCCGUUCAGCAGGGUAGCGUGGGGUGCACAGGCUGGGGAGCGGACAGGCCCCGGUGUGAUUAUGCGGUGACGGCCGUUUCGCGCUAGGUCGCGCUUCCUCGGACCGCUUACAUUUAGAACUAUUACUGGAUGUGCCAAAAUUAUGUAAAAGGUAUUCUGAGACUUUUUUAUUUCACUUUCCAAUCCUUGUUGAGAUUAACAUCUUUUGCACUGAUACCUAUAAAAAGCUGUACUUCUGGUUAAAUAAUAUGCUCAUGGAGCUUCCCUUCGUACAACCCACAAUGAACGUGUCUGUCAUCAGUGAUGACGUUCAUGGCCUGCCCUGCUCUCCAUAACCACAGUGCAUGUGUGAGAAUGAAUCUAGCGCUGUAGAUACAAUACUAUCUCACACCCUAACCAGGCUUUCUGUUGUAUGCACUACAGCGCUAGCGGGAGAUUCAUUCUCACACGUGUGCAGGGGUCAGGCCAUGAAUGUGUCAUCACUGAUGACUGACACGUUCAUUGUGGGUUGUCACCAGGUUAGGAUCACAUGCACAAUGUACAGCCAAGAAACACUUUUAGUAAGUAUCAAUAGAAAAGAUGUUAGUCUCAACAAGGGGAGAACAUGAAAUAAAGAAAAAUUGUAAUACCCCUUUAAGUCUCUGCUUUUUGUAAGUUCGGUUGUACGUAGGAGAAGUGUUAUUCGUGCCUGACAGCUAUCUCUGUAUACUCAUUUAGACAGAGAAUACUAUAAGUCACUGGUAACAGCCAAUUUGGCCGUCUUGAGCUCAAAGAGCAGAGAUUUAAAUAAAUACAAUUACAAAUGUUAUACAAUCUUUUCCCACAAAACUCUAUAUCAAUCUGUUCUGUAGCAUGCUGCCUGCACAUUGCACUUCUUUUGAUGAUGACAGGUUCUCUUUAACCAGUGGUGGGCUGCAUACAAUAAAAGGUAUAAAUGAUGGUCAGUCAGUGUUUUCUAGGCUGUAUUCACACAAAACAGAACUACAUAAAGCUAUUAGAGCUUAAUAAGGAGGGCA